GUGCCAGAAUGUAUUUUCUCUGGAAACCAAGCCCUUGGCCCUGGCCAUUUCCCGGUUUCUUUUGCGAGCCACAAACAUAUGUCCCUCUUUCUUCCCGUUAUUUGAUCAUUUCCUUGUAGACAUGACGUCUGAGGAGCUUCAUGUUAAACCCCGGGAGCUAUGUUCGAGCCUCAAGUGACAGUUGUCUGUGAAUGCUAAGCUUUUGCUCGUCCUGUUUUCGCGUCUUCCAAGACUCUCAAAAUCCAUAUAUUGUGAGGUUUUUCCAUUCUUUCUUCCUCCUACUCCUCCUUCUCCGUCUUCUAUGUUUUUUCUCUUUGCAAGUUGCAGCCACCACUUUGUUUACUUCCAACAUGUCCAGCAGUAUCGUGGCCAGUUUCUUGGGUGCCUUGGAAGCAUCUCUCUCCGUUCUCUUGACGAUCACCUACGGUGCCGUUGCAGCAAGAUUCAAUCUCCUCAAGUCAUCCUCUGCAAGAGACAUUAACAAGUUGUGUGUUCGACUGUUCCUUCCCGCACUGAUGAUUGCGAACCUUGGCGAUGAGUUGCAUGCCAAAACUGCGUACAGAUACGUCCCAGUGUUGAUAUGGGCUCUCUUCUAUACUUUAACUUCCAUGGCACUCGGAUGGACCCUAAAGCGAAUGUUUAAAUUUCCAGCGUGGACAAUUCCUGCCAUCUGCUUUAACAACACUACCGCACUUCCACUUCUCCUUCUCCAAUCACUUGAGACAUCUGGGAUCUUAAAGGAUCUUACUAUGGAUAAGGGUGACUCUUCUUCAGAAGCUAUGAAGCGAGCAAAGUCCUAUUUUCUUGUCGCAGCUGUGGUUGGAAACAGUUUGACAUUCGCUGUUGGACCCGGACUUUUGGAUGAUGAGGAGACUCCAGACAGCUACGAGGCCCAACAAGAACGCAAGGGUCAAGAAAAUAGAAACGGGGCGCACGAGGACGAGGACGAGCACGACAAUCCCACAAACGCGGCUGGAAGGACAGCUGAAGAGCAAGAAGAACAUGCAACUGAGAAUACGACUCUCCUCCCAGAUAGAGUUGCCGAUCCUGGGGCAGAACUUGGCGGGGUAUUAGCGGACACCUUCGACGAAUAUUGGUCUCGUCUUCCAACUGUAUUACGGAAACAUCUGCAUUUUGUCAGCAGUUUCUUCAACGCACCUCUAAUAGGUGCGGUCGUCGGCGCGAUUCUCGGUUUAGUUCCUCCAUUUCACAAAGCCUUCUUCAGCGAACCCCAGGAUGGAGGCAUCUUCAAAGCCUGGUUGACGUCGUCGGUGAAGAAAAUCGGAGAACUCUUUCCUGCACUGCAACUUGUGGUUGUAGGUGCGAAGCUCAGCGCCAGUCUUCUAAAGAUGAAAGAAGGAAAAGACGUGGGGAAGAUGAAACUGGUUCCAGUUCUCACAGUUUUCGCGAUCAGAUUCCUCAUCUGGCCAGUCAUCAGUAUUGGGGCGAUAUACCUCAUCGCAUCAAAGGCCAAGCUUCUGGACGACGAUCCUAUCCUCUGGUUCGUCUUGAUGCUGAUGCCUACUGGUCCUUCAGCAACAAAAUUAACGGCACUUGCGGAUGUCAGUGGAGGAAGCGAAGAAGAUAAACAUGCUAUCGCGAAGUUCAUCACGUUGUCAUACACCAUCUCGCCCCUAAUUUGUUUCACUGUUGUGGGAGCAUUGAAGGCUUCACUCGCAGCCAAAUCUUGAGAGUUCUCAUGCCAGUCGCUUUGCUGAUUCGGGUUUGUAACAACAACAAGCCUAACGAGAAGUCAUAGUAUAUAGAUUCAAAUGUUAGGCCGUAAAACUCUAAAUAUGGGCAUGUGAAUAUCAGAUGGAGAUUUGAAGCACCUCUCGCAGUCGUGACAGUGACAAGUCGUUGUUCGGUCAGAGUUCUGUCAGAUCAACGAUUGAUGUUCCCCUAGUAUCCGCAGUUCAGACCGGGGAUCAAACGGGGCAGGGUUGAUGUCGUUUCAGAAUCAUUCGAAGUGCACGCAAACUAACAACAUCAGAUUAAGUGACAGGG